GUACACAUUUACUACAUCUGUGGUCAAGUGUGUAUUCAAUUUCGUAAUUCGUAGUAUUAAUAUAUUUUUGCGUAAAUACGUAAAAUAAUUAAAGAAUUCCGAUUAUUAUAUGUUAGAAAAUGGUUGAUCCCAUAUUUGAUUACCAAUUUAGACUUAUUUUAAUCGGAGACAGCACUGUCGGUAAAAGUUCGCUUCUUAAAUACUUUACAGAUGGAAAAUUUGCUGAGUUGUCGGAUCCCACCGUUGGAGUAGAUUUUUUUGCGCGUAUCAUUGAAGUACAGGAUGGUACGCGAAUCAAAUUACAAUUGUGGGAUACUGCUGGUCAAGAAAGAUUUAGAUCAAUAACGAAAUCGUAUUAUAGAAAUUCAGUGGGUGCUCUUUUAGUUUACGAUGUUUGUAAUAGAUCAAGCUUUGAGCAUAUUCCCCUAUGGAUGAUGGAAGCCAAACGUCACAUAGAGCCUCAUAGACCUGUAUUCGCUCUUGUUGGGUGUAAAGUAGAUCUUGUAGGAACAGAUUCUAAAAAUGGUGCACGAAGAGAGGUUUCCUGUGAAGAGGCUAGGAUGUUUGCAGAAGAAAAUGGCUUACAUCAUGUUGAGACUUCAGCGAAAACAGGGGUUAAUGUUGAACAAGCGUUUAUUCUUGUUGCUCAAGAAGUUUACAACCGGAUCCAAACAGGGGAAUAUAAAGUUGAGGAUGGUUGGGAUGGUAUAAAAUCUGGUUUCAAUCGACCAAAUGGUAUGGACUUUAACCUUCUUGAAGCAGAAACUGUACAAUCUACAUGCUGCUAAUUGUUGUAUAUAAUUUGAUUAUGAACCUUAGUCACUUAAAACUUUGGAUUUGUCUAAUCCACUGUUUUAAGAGAAUUCGGUGAUAAGUGAUAUAAUGGCAAAUAUGUAGAUAUGAUGCACAGUAAAAUAAAUAUAGUGUAUUUUAUAGUAUAUCUGUACUAACUAGAUGUUCUUAUAAUCUAUUAUUACUAUUACAUUAUCUCAAAUACAAGAAGGUCUUCAAUAGGCAUUUGAUAUAGUCUGCAUUUUACACAUUGCACAAAUGUUUUGACUACUAAAUUAUAUUUUGCUAUUUUCUGUAGUGUAUUAGAUACAGUUCAUAGUGUGCUAGAAACUUCCACUCAUUAAAAUCGAGCAGAGAUUGUGCUAUGUAAGUAUAUUUGUUUAAAUUAAAAAUUCACAACCAUAAAUAAUAAAAGUUGUAAUAAUUUAAAAAAAUGCCAAAUUCAAUGCAAAAUAUUCUUGUAAAUAUGUUAUUAGCACUUAACACAAAACAACCAAAGAGUUGGAUCUUUUGUUAUUUAUUUUUACUUCACAAUUAAAUUUAAGUCUAACAAUAACUAAUGAAACCUACAUUAUGUAGUAGAAAUUUGUACCUGCAGUCUAACAUUGUCAUAUUAUUAUUGUUAAAUGAAUAGGAAAGAAGAUUGUUAAAUUAUUCAAGUCAAAACUAUCCUUAAAAGUCAAUCAUGUCUGUAUGUUCUCAAUUUUUAGAAAAGGAAGAAAAAUAAUUACAGAUUUAAAAGCCUCAUAAAAUAAGAAAUUUUGCUAUAUUGUAGAGAACUAUAAGAACUAAUUUAUUCAAUUGGCAACCAUUUUUCAGUCCUAUGUAUUUCAAUACUAAAAUAAAAGCCCUUUUCUUGUAAAUUAGACUUUAUUUUUACUAUUGACUUUAUUAUAUUAUACACUACCCAUUUUCAUGUUGACAACUAUACUCAGUGUUGCUAUAAUCAUAGUUAAUUUAGUGCUCCCAGAGCAGAUUUUUUUUAUUUUAUUGGUUGGGCUUUAAUUUAUUUUCAUAUAAUCACUGUAUAAUUGAAAAUAAUAAUAUUUAACUCAUUACAUUAAUUUUAAUAAAAAUAAAGCUUACAAAACAAGUUGUACAUUACAGUUUAAAAAUCCAAAUACAUAAUUGAUGAUACAUUGUGUAACAAAAAGGUGCAGGUCUUUAUAAUUAAUUAUUAAAUAAAAGUGUUUUAUAUUUCAAUUGUUUUAUUGAUGCAAUUGUAAAAUAUAAAAAUAAGUAUGUUCUAACAUCUUCCCAUGUAUGGACAUAUUCUAUUUUAUAGUGAAAAAAGAAAUGAUGUUAUUAUUAAAUAGAUAAGCCUU